AUGGAAAAUAAGAUAGAUUAUGAAUCUGAUUCAGAAAGUGAAGUUGAGGAUUACACCAUCAUGCCCAAAGUGGGCCUUCAGGUCUCUAAACUUGAGGUCCCUGUCGAAGUACAGAAAAUCAUCUCUAAAAUUGAGCAAGCACAGCUCCUUCGAACCAGAGAGGAAAUCAGUUCACAGCUGAAUGACAUAUUGCAAAAUGUGCAGCGGAUAAUUCAUCGCUACACUUUUGAUGAGUCCAUACAGUUUGGAAAGAAAAUCCCUUUUUUAGAAUAUAAGCAACGGAGACUAAACGUGCUGGAGAAAAUGGAUUAUUGUGCUAAUUCUGCUGACAUUAAAGGAAAGACUCUUAUGUACAUCCUGGCAUGGUUGCAAGAAUGGCACGUCAUUUUGUCUGAUAUGACUGCAACUGAUGUUGAUGACCACCACUACGUAUCACAAAUGAAGAUUUUACCAGAAACGUUCAAAUCUAUUGAGGGCAAUGUCAAGAGGUUGAGUGUAAUGAGUACCUCUUUGCUUGAAGAGAAGAAGAAAAAGUUGGGAAAAAGAACACCUAGAAAAAGUCUAUGGAAAUCCUGGAAAGAUAGAGUUUUAAAGCGACCUGCAACAGCCCAGGCUUUAACACCAAAUCAGAUGAUCAGUGAUGAAUUUGCAACAAAUACAAAGGUUUCAGAAAUCAACUACAUGCUACAGGAACUCAUAGAUACUACAAUGUUCAAUAAAUUGGAAAACAAUGCUAUUAACUAUAUAGCAUCAACAAUAUCAAAUCUUUCUAAAGCAUUGACUUCACUAAAUAAUGAAGUAAAAGUUACUAACCUCUCUCCUGAUGUGUAUAUAAGCGAGGAAGGGGGAAGAGAGACCUCCCUGCAGGUAAUAAAAGAGCUCAGUGAAGAAAAUGAAAUGCUUCAGCAGAAACUUAAAUAUGCAGAAGAAAAAUGUGAGCAGCUUAUUAAAUUCAAAGCAUGGCCCUCAUCAACCUUGAAAGUGUUAUCUGGGAUUUCUCCACAAUCACCCAAGGGCUUUCGCCAGACUGAUAAAGAAGAGAGUAUAGACAAUAUUUUGAUCAAAGAAUAUAAAAAUACUUUGGGGAAGGCCCAAAGAAAGGGGACCAAAGGCUCAGUGUUCAAGUGGGACUCAGCAAUUUCACAUACAUCCCAAGUUGAAAUGACUGCAGGUUUAAUUGAUCAGCAAUCUUCUUUACCUGAAAAACCCCCCAAAAUAUCUUCCAAAGAUAUCACUGAAGAUAAGAUAUCACUGAAGGAAGAUUGGACUGAUGAGUAUCAAUCACAGGAAAGGAAGAUCUCAAAAGCCUCAUAUGAGCUUGAGACCUCUAGAUCAAGUCUGACUAAUCAGACAAGUAAACAAAUAGUCUCAGAGACCAAAGGGCUACAAGUAGAGCAAAAAACAAGUCAAGAAGUACAACUCCUUUCUGUAGACAAAUCAAAGUCAUUCAUUGGAUCAAAAAGUCAACGUGUUCUUUUGAAAUUCCCUUCUACUGACACAAAGAGCCAAGGUGGCAAAAGUAGAACUAGUAAGUGGGAACGACUCAGGAAGCAGAAACUUGCAUAUAUAAUUUCAAAAGACCAAGUUAUUUCAGGGCAUAAAAAGAAAUCCACCACCGAGUUAAUGAACAAAGAGAGCAAAUCUCUUAUGAGUUUCCAAGCAGAGUCAUCGGGGAUAACUCAACUUGAUAAAUCUUCUGAGAAAGUGAAAAUAAAAGAAAAGGAACAUCAAGUCUCUUCAGAAAUUACCACAAGCAAAGAAGGAAAAACUGAAGAGAAGGACACAUCAGUCUUUACCAAGAAGGUCAAGUCUCAUGAACUUGCUGAAUCACAAUCUAAGAUAACUAAAGAGACUUCAGAAUCUACUACAGCUCCAGGAAGUCCAGAUGGCAAAAGUGAACAGGAUAAUCUAGAUGAAUUUCAUAACGCCAUAAUGUCUUUCUUAAAAGAGAAAAUUGAUAACACAGGAACUCCUUUGGAUAAAAAGACUGUGCCAGAAGGAGAGUUAUUAUUAAAAAAAGCAGAAGUUGAAAAAUUAGGAAUCAUAAAGACAAAAAUGGAAGAAUAUUUCCAAAAUGUGGCUGGAGCUGUAGCAAAAAUCUUGAGAAAAUACAAAGACAUUAAAAAAGAACAAAUUAGAGAGAAACAAAUGAAACAAAAACAAGGCUCGUUUAUACCAGGGCUAGAUUUACAGAGGCCAAUUAGUGCAAAGUCUGAAAUUAGCUCCUUACUUUCAUCUGAGAGCAUGGACCCAGUAAUACAAAAUUUAACACAGGAGAUCUUGACUGAAAUAGAAAAGGAAGAAGAUGCUCCAGUAGUCGCAAUAGCAGGGAAAGACCACCAGGAGAAGAAAAAACAGAGGCAGGAGAAAUAUUUGCAAGUUCAAGGAGAAAUUCUGAAUAUGAAUCUUAAACAACAGCAGUUACAAGAAGAAAGGAAUUUAUGGAAGAUGAAAUAUGAAAAGAUAAGUAAGCGUUUGGAAGAGAAAAUUACAUGGCUGCAGAUGAAGGAGGGAAAGCAAGAGCAGCAGAAGGAGAAACAAUGGCAGAAAGAAGUAUUGGUGCUACUUCAAAAACAGAGGAUGCAAAAGCAGACUGAGCAAGAUGAGAUGCAAAAGGGAAUGGGAGAGGAAGAACAGCAGAAGCAAAAGCAGCAACCCCUGGAAGCAUGGAUGCAAAAAAUGAAAGAGCAAGAAGUGUCGUUUGAGGAGAUUCAGAAGGAAGUGGAACAUUUGGAGCUGGAAAGCAGCUGGAAGGAAGAGGAAGAGAAGCAGAAGCCAGAGAGAAAGGGGGAGGAUGAUGAAAGUCAGUGGCCUAAAAAAACAAAGGAGCAGAAGAAGAUUAAGAAGGAAAUACCUGAAAAUCUACAAAAUAUGUUAAGUUACGCUUCAAUAACAUUGACUCCCAGAUGGAAGGACACAUGGAAAGCAGCAUUCCAGUUACAAAAAAAAAAAGAGUUCCUUAUGAAGCUUGCUGAUGAAAAGUACUUCGAACCAGCCAUUCCUUCCACCUUGACACAGUUUUCCUCACCUGGGCCCUUGUCUAUUCCUGGACAGUAUCCUACAAAGUCCCUGGCUGUCAUUCAUGAGGAGGCUGAGGACCAGGACUUCACUCUCUCUCCUGAGCAGGCCCAAGCCCAGGGCAUCAUUCUCUCUCCUGAACAGGCCCAGGCAAUGGGCAUCACUGUCACUCCUCAGCAGGCCCAGGCCCAGGGGAUAAGUCUCACUCCUGAGCAGGCCCAGAGACUGGGGUUCAUUGUCACCCCUGAGGAAGCCCAGGCACUGGGCAUCACUCUUAGAUCUCAACAGCUCCAAGUCCAAGGAGAGGGGAUAAGUCUUAUUCCUCAGCAGGACAGGGGACUGGGUGCCAUUGUCACCCCUCAGCAGGCUGAAACACAGCAAGUAACUGUCAUUCCCGAGCAAGCCAAGGAACUGGGGUUUCAUCGCACCCCAGAACAGGCACAGGCACAAGGAAUUGCACUCACCCCUCAGCAGGCCCAGGCACUGGGCAUCACACUCACCCCUCAGCAGGCUGAGGAACUGGGCAUCACACUCACCCCUCAGCAGGCCCAGGAACUGGGCAUCACACUCACCCCUCAGCAGGCCCUGGCACAGGGCAUAAAUGUCACCCCUCAGCAGGCCAAGGCACUGGGCAUCACACUCACCCCUCAGCAGGCCCUGGCACAGGGCAUAACUGUCACCCCUCAGCAGGCCAAGGCACUGGGCAUCACACUCACCCCUCAGCAGGCCCUGGCACAGGGGAUCACUCUCACCCCUCAGCAGGCCGAGGCACUGGGCAUCACACUCACCCCUCAGCAGGCUCAGGCACAGGCCCAGGGCAUCACUCUCACCCCUCAGCAGGCCGAGGCACUGGGCAUCACACUCACCCCUCAGCAGGCUCAGGCACAGGGGAUCACUCUCACCCCUCAGCAGGCCGAGGAACUGGGCAUCACACUCACCCCUCAGCAGGCCGAGGAACUGGGCAUCACACUCACCCUUCAGGAGGCCCAGGCCCAGGCCCAAGGCAUCACUCUCACCCCUCAGCAGGCUCAGGCCCAGGGCAUCACUCUCACACCUCAGCAGGCCAAGGAACUGGGCAUCACACUCACCCCUCAGCAGGCCCAGGCACAGGGCAUCACUGUCACCCCUCAGCAGGCCGAGGAACUGGGCAUCACACUCACCCCUCAGCAGGCUCAGGCCCAGGGCAUCACUCUCACCCCUCAGCAGGCUGAGGAACUGGGCAUCACUCUCACCCCUCAGCAGGCUCAGGCCCAGGGCAUCACUGUCACCCCUCAGCAGGCUGAGGAACUGGGCAUCACUCUCACCACUCAGCAGGCCCAGGCCCAGGGCAUCACUGUUACCCCUCAGCAGGCUGAGGAACUGGGCAUCACACUCACCCCUCAGGAGGCCCAGGCCCAGGGCAUUACACUCACCCCUCAGCAGACACAGGGAAUCACUGUCACCCCUCAGCAGGCCCGGACACAGGGAAUUACUGUCACUCCUCGGAAGGCCCGGACACGGGGAAUCACACUCACCCGUCAACAGGCCCAAGCACUGGGCAUCCCUCUCAACUCUCAGAAGUCCUGGGCACAAGGAAUCACUGUCACCCCUCAGCAGGCCCAGGCACUGGGCAUCAUUUUCACCCGUAAGCAGGCCCAGGCCCAGGGAAUCACUGUCACUCCUAGGCAGGCCCAGGCUCUGGGCAUCACUCUCACCCCUGAACAGGCACAGGCACAACGAAUCACACUCACCCCUCAGCUGGCCCAGUCAUUGGGCUUUUCUCUCACCCCUCAGCAGGCCCAGGCCCAGGCCCAGGACCAGGACCAGGGAAUCACUGUCACUCCUAGGCAGGCCCAGGCUUUGGGCAUCACUCUCACCCCUCAGCAGGCACAGGGACAGGACAUUACUCUUACCCAUGAGCAGAUAAAGGCACUGAUGGUUACCCUCACACCUGAAAAAUCCCAGGAGUUGAGAGUCACACUCACACAUGAACAAGACCAAGCAUUGAGAGCUCCUGUCAUUCUCCAGCAAGAAGGGACAUUGAGGGACCAUAUUACUCCUACUCAGGGCCAGACUCUAAAGGCACCUGCCACUUCUGAACAGAUCCAGGCAAUGCAGAUCCCUGUGACUACUCAACAGGCCCAAAUACUUGGUGUCCCUUUCACUCAAGGCCAGGAUGAGGCGUUGGGAGUCACUGUCACACCACAGCAGACAGAGGCCCAGACACGGGCACUGAUGUUCACUCUUACUCCAGAGAAAGCGCAGAUUUCAGCUAUCACACAUACCAAUGAACAAGCCCUGGCAGAGGGUAUCCCCCUCACCCCUGAGCAGGUACAAGUAUUGGGGAUCCCACUUACCCUUGACCAGGCUCAGGCAUUAGAGACCCCUCUCACUGCAGAACAGGCCUGGAGAUUGUGGGGGUCUAUCACUCCAGAAAUGGUUCAGGAAGUAUCACACACUCUUUCUCUUAAGCAGAGCGAAGCAUUGGGGAUCACUCCCACCUAUGAACAGGCUCAGUCAUUUGGCACUCCUUUACUUCUGAAUCAGGCCCAGGCACUUGGAAUUCCAAUUCCUUUAACUCUUAGGCCUGAGCAGUCUCAGGGGGUCCCUCUCACCUCAGAUAAAGCCCAUGACUUAGGAUCUCCCCCUACCCAUGAGCAAGUUCAGCCUUUGGGAGCUCCCUUCACCCCAGGACAGGCCCAGCCCAUGGGUACUACUCACAUGUCUAGGCAGAGUCUAGAAUCAAGAGCUCCUCCCAUUAAUGAGCAGUUUUCACAAGUCUGGGCUGGUCCUCCUUCAGGACAAACCCUGGAAGGUGGGAUCUUUUCUAUUCCCGAUAAAUCCAUCAAACGAAGUGCUCCUUACAUGCCUAAGUUGUCCACCAUAUUGACUCCUUCCACUCCUAAACCAUUUCAAGAAUCAAAGACUUCUUUCCUUUCUGGGCCAGCCACUAGAAGAACUAGUCAGAAGCUCCUGGCACCACUUCCUUCCUCUAAACAGACACUGGUUUCUAAGGGUCAAUUCACCCCUGUGCAGUUCCUAGCACCAGAGGUCCCUCCCAUCCCUGGGAAGCUUCCAGUAUCUGGGACCCCUCCCACUCCAGGGCAGCCUCUUAUAUCCGGGAUUCCAUCCACCUCUUCACAGAUUCCCAGUCUCUGGGAUCCGCUCUUUCCUGGGAAGCCUUUGAUUCCUUGGCCCUCUUCUGUCCCUGGGGAGCUCACGGAAUCUGGACGCUCAACCUUCUCUGAGCAGCCCCAGGCAUUUCAGCUCCCUACUACCCGUGAGCAAUCUCCCUAUCUACAAGCCCCUUCUGCCCUUGGGCAGCUUCUGGCACCACGGACCCUUCCUGGGCAAGCUUUCCCACUGUGGAUCUCUCCUAGCCCUGGAUAUCCAUCAACACUACAGGCCCCCUCAACUCUUGGAAAGCCCCCAAAAGAUUUGUUUCUGAAACCUAAAUCAGAAUUGGUCCAUCCCAGUGCUCCACAUUUCAAGGUACCGCAAACCCCUUUCACCACUAAGAAGUUCCAAAUAUCAGAGGUUUCUGACACUUCUAAAGAAAUCCAGGAACUCCAAGAUUCUUUUGCUAUGGAACAACUUGGGACAUUUCAGUCCUAUCUCACCAAUUAUAGGACACCAGUAUCACAAACUCCUUACACUGAGGGGCCCCUUCCCGCUCGCACGAAGCCUAUAACAUCACUACCUCCUCUUACUACUCAACUACCCAAAAGAUCACAGAUUUCACCAUCCGAAUGGGACUGGAAAUCCCGAUUCCCCCCUAUAAGUAAGCCCUGUGUACUGACUUCAGUUUCAGAUACCAAGAAACUCAAGAUGACGAUACCCUCUUCCUCUUUCCAAGAGCUCAAAGAGCAGAGGUAUUUUGUUGAUGUGAAGGCUCAAAGGAAGAACCUGAUACUCUUAAAUCAAACCACAGAAACUUCUGGACUCCCUUCAGAGCUAUAUACAACAGCUAGAAAUCUCAUAAUUGAGACACUUCAUACAGACACAGUUCGGCUGGGAUACCUAUUCCGCAAGUACAUUGCCUAUAGGCUGAUCCAGCGUGCAAGAAACAAUAUAAUCAAAAGAUUACAAGCCAUCCAAAACAGUGGGAAAGGUUAUGAGAUCCAGGACCUUUACAUAAUGCUGAACAGAAUUGAUGGCUACCAGAAAAAGAUGAUGGGGGUCUGGACUGGGAAGCAGAAGUCUCUAGAGCAGAACCGAAAUCAGUGCCUGAGGAAAAUGAUGCUCUUAUUUAGCCAGCUCCAAGAUAUAUAUAAAUUGAAGCUUAGUCAACCUGUACCUUUGUUCAUCGACAAAAAGCAAAAACCUACCCCUAUCAAACUUAUUCAACAGCCAUUCCUAGACCUACCAAUGAAAGAGGACAGAAAAUCUGACAUAUUCAAGAAACUUAGAAAACAAGAUCAGAUGGAAGCUAUCUGGAAUGCUGAUCAGUCCGCUUCAAGCUACCCAAUAACUGAGAAGACAUCAUCAAUACGUUCACUGUGGGCCCAGCUGGGUGGGUACCCACCUAUUCCCAUGCUGCUCCAGUUAGAUGUUCAGUCUACCUUCAGAAAAUCUCUUGCAUCCAUUCAAUCACAGUAAGUUAAGGACUGGAAGCAUUCUGAUAAUUGGGCUUUGGUCAAAUACCUCUCUCCCUCCUCCCCACCCAACUUAACUUUCUC